AUGUCCAAAGCUGGUCCACAAAGAAAGAAAAAAGUAGGGAAAGGCCGUUUAGACAAGUACUACUUCCUCGCCAAGGAGCACGGGUACAGGGCAAGAUCUGCCUUCAAGCUGAUUCAAAUGAACCAGUCUUUUAAUCUGCUCUCCAACGUGCACUCAGUUGUUGAUCUGUGUGCUGCCCCGGGGGGAUGGCUGCAAGUCGUCUCCAAAACAGUUCUGCCUCCAAGCAAGGUUGUUGGCGUAGACCUAGACCCCAUCAAGCCCAUCCACGGCGUGCACACAAUCGUUGGAGAUAUCACCGAUAAAAUGUGCACUUCUGAGAUCCUCUCCGCAGUGGGAGAUACAGAGGUAGAUCUGGUGCUGCACGAUGGCGCGCCGAAUGUAGGAGCAUCCUGGGAGAAAGACUCGUUUGUGCAGAACGAGCUGGUCUGCCAUGCAGCCAAAUUGGCCUGCAAGAUACUCCGAAAGAACGGGACAUUUGUGACAAAAGUUUUCAGAUCGAAAGACUUCAACUCCCUUGUGUGGAUGUGCAGCCAGCUCUUCACCGAGUGUCUUACCACAAAGCCCAGAAGCAGUAGAGCAGAAAGCGCUGAAGCCUUCCUUGUCUGCCGAGGGUACAAGAAGCCAGAAGUACUUGACGAGAAAUUCUUUGAUCCUCUUUUCCUGUUCGCAGAGAAAGACGAAGAAGAGAUAAAAGAAAAAACCCUUUCAAAUGUGCUGAAGGAGAGGAUAGAUCUAUCAACGUGCCCCAAGGUAAUAAUAGACUGCAUGGAAGACAUGAUAGACGAUGAAACAAGAGCUCUAUUGGGCGAUCUUUUGGUGGUUGGCGAGUCAGACAUGAAGAGGCUCAUUAGAACACUGAAGAAGGUCCAGCGCGCAUACAUUGGACACAUCGGAGGAAACAGCCCAGAAGAAAUAAUGGACACAAGAACAGCCAUUGAGAAACAGCAGGAUGAGAUGAGAGAGGUACAGCGGGUGAUGGAGAGAAGAGAAAAGAUCACGCAGAGAAGAAUCCUUGCAAAAAGAACAAAGAGGCUUGGGCUGACAGAGGAAGACGUGCAGGAGAUAGAGAAAGUGCACGGAGACUUUUUUGAAGACAACAUUUUUGACAGAGACGAAGACGAGCUCGACAGCAGCGAGGUGGAGAGCGUUGAAAGCGAUGACAAUGCCGUAGAAGACGGAGACGAAGAGGAGAUUGGAGACAGCGACGCAGACUCGUGCUCCUCGUCCCUGGACAUUGAGGACAAGGUGGUUGGAUACAGACUGAAAGAAGACGAAGAAGAGUUUGAUAACGAUGGAAUUGACAGGUAUGUGUACGAUGACGACGAGGAUCUCCCGCACUUUUUCAGAAAUGACGAAGAAAAGUACAACAGAAGAUACGUCUUCAACGAUGACAGAGAGCACCUGGAAAAGAAGGUGACAAUAGGAAAGAAGGCAGAAGAGCUGAAGGCCAGAAGAAUGAAGAGAGUUGAGAGAAAGCUGAAGAAGAUAAAAGAGAGACUCGAGCAAGGAGAGCAGGACAUAGACCUGAGAGCGAUAAGAAAAGGAGCCAUGAAGAAGGAGGUAAGAGAAAGACCCAAAAUGAUAUUCGCAGGGCCAUCAAAGAAAGUCCCAAGAAAGAUAAAAGGAAAGUUCAAAAUGACGGACAGAAGAAUGAAAAAAGACAAGGCAGGCCUGAGAAGAGCAGAAGAAAGGAAGAAGUCAAAGCCAAGAAGAUAG